CUUCAACACACCUCUUGAAAGAUAACGCAAUCCUGAACUAUGCAGAGCCAAGUGGUUGCUGUUUCAACAUUACUGUUUUUCUGUAUCCUGAUUUAUACUUUAAUUUGGAUCAGCAUUCAAGUAAAAUGGAUCAGUCUUCCAAGUUUUCAGGCAUUCAAUAAUCCUGAAAGGAAUUCAGAUUCAUUUUGGAAUGGUGGAGAAAAAUUCAAAGGAAAUCUUCUAACCGGGAAUGUGGUUAAUACGCCUUCACUCAAUUUGUCUCCUGAGAAAACCACGAAAGGAGCCUCGGAGCUUAAACAUCCGAUCGACGUAACACCUUUUCCCAUCAUCUACAAAGACAAAUUCACAAAGAUGCCCAGUUGGGACUUUGAGGAUGUUUAUAUGCAGAGCAGCGAAGCACGACGACCGGUCUGCUCCGUGUCUCACCAGAACUCUAAAGAUAAAGAGUUUCAGAAGGCUGCAAUGUGGAACAUCCAGCUUUGGUUUCACAACGGUCACCUCGAUAUGAACGAGUGGAACCGUCUAGCACACUUCAACAACCCCUUUGGGUUUAUGGAAUAUAACUAUAUGGACAUCAAAAAGGCAGUCGAUUUGAUCCCCAAGCCGAUAUACAAUCAGCUUUUACCAGUGCCCAGUGACUCACCAGACGGAUGCAUCCGCUGCGCUGUCGUUGGCACCGGUGGCAUUCUCAACGGCUCCAGAAUGGGCAAAGAGAUAGACUCUCACAAUUACGUCUUCCGAGUGAACGGAGCAGUCACGAAAGGCUUCGAGAAUGACGUGGGGAAUAAAACCUCGGUGUACGUGCACACCUCGUUCUCCUUAAGCCAGUCUCUUUUAAACCUGGAAAGUUACGGCUUCGAACGCAUUCCACAGGAUGAGGGUAUUAAAUAUGUGAUGAUCCCAGAGGGUCUUAGAGAUUUCGAGUGGCUCGAAGGCCUCCUGCUGAACAAAACAUUGACAUACGGAUCUUACAAAGGUUACAGACCAAAUACCUACUACAGCGACCGGCUCCAAAAGGAUUCCUUAUACGUUCUUCAUCCUGACUUUUUAAGAUACGUUCGGAACAGAUUCCUGCCAUCUAAAAGUCUAGAGAAGUCAUACUGGCAUAGUUACAGACCAACCAAUGGAGCUUUCACAUUGUUCUUGGCUCUUCAUACCUGCGAUAUUGUGGACGUUUACGGAUACAUAACUGCGGAUUACAGCAAAUACUCCAACAAUUAUUUUGAACAAACCAAAAAAAACAGUGUUGUUUUUUACAUCGAUCGUGACUAUGAACUGGAGAUGAAAACCUGGAAGAAGCUGCAUGAUGCUGGGAUCAUCAACCUUUAUCAAAGACAGGAACAAUGACACCUGUUCUAGAUA